AUGGGGAAGAGUGGUUCAGGAAAGACGUCUAUGCGGUCUAUUAUUUUCAGUAACUAUAUAGCUCGAGACACUCGAAGAUUAGGCGCAACAAUCGAUGUUGAACAUUCCAAUGUCAAAUUCCUUGGUAAUUUAGUAUUAAACCUUUGGGACUGUGGAGGACAAGAAGCCUUUAUGGAAAAUUAUUUUGCUUCACAAAGAGACAGAAUAUUCAAAAAUGUAGAAGUGCUUAUAUAUGUAUUUGACGUUGAGAGCAGAGAUUGGGAAAAGGAUCUUCACUAUUAUCAGUCAUGCUUAGAAGCUAUUCUUGCCAACUCAAAAGAAGCACGUAUAUUCUGUUUAAUACACAAAAUGGAUCUUGUGCCAGAACAUCAAAGAGAUCAAAUAUUUGAACAACGAGUGACAGAGCUUCAAAAGAGAUCAGAGCCAUUAAGUAUUCAGGCCUUUCGUACGUCUAUUUGGGACGAAACCCUUUAUGCCGCAUGGUCCAAGAUUGUGCACUGUUUGAUUCCUAAUAUCAGAAUACUUGAAUCUCAUUUGAACAACUUUUGUCGUAUAUGUGAUGCAGAUGAAGUUGUGUUAUUUGAGAGAACAACGUUUCUAGUGAUUGCAACAGCAGCAACGGUCAUUCAUCAAGAUCAUCAUAGAUUUGAAAAAAUAAGUAAUAUCAUCAAACAGUUCAACCUAGGCUGUAGUCGAUCACAAACCAGGUUUAAAAGUAUGGAAAUUAGAGGAAGUAGUUUUACUGCGUUUAUCGAUGUAUUGACAAAUAAUACUUAUGUGAUGAUUGUCAUGUCUGAUCCCAAUAUACAAUCAGCAGCUACGUUAUUAAACAUUGCAGCAGCAAAAAAGCAUUUUGAAAAGAUUGAAGCAACAAAAUAA